AUGACAAGUCCAGAUCGGUGUAACAAAGCUUUCACCCUGAAUGAUGGCGGACUGGGAACAGACAACGAGAAAAAGCUCGAAGACUCAAUUGUCCAUGCUCUACAAAGCGGCUAUCGUCUAAUCGACACCGCACAAUACUACGGCAUCGAAUCUGUCGUUGGACGUGCUGUACGCAACAGCGGUGUACCCCGUUCCGAAAUCACUGUCAUCACAAAAUUCUGGAGUCACUGGCAUCAUGACCCAGCGGAAGCAUUGCGAAUCUCCUUGAAAGAUCUUGACAUUGAAUAUGUAGAUAUCUUGUUGAUGCACUGGCCAUUCGCGACCACUCCAGCUCCAGAGCGAAAGCAUCUUCGGAAAGAUCAGAGCCCGACAUUCGUCGAGACAUGGAAGAUGAUGGAGAAGCUUGUUGGGCCGCAGUGCAGAGCGAUUGGCGUCAGUAACUUCACCCAGAAGACGCUUGACGAGUUGCUGCCGCACUGCAACAUCGUACCAGUGGUCAAUCAAGUCGAGCUGCACGCCUUCAAUCCAAAUCACCAGCUUGUACCGUACUGCGUCUCAAGAGGAAUACACGUGAUGAGCUGGAGCACGAUGGGCGGAGAACGUGAAGGCGAAGCGAACUUGAUUCACACACACAGCCUGUUCAAGAGCAUUGCCAAGAGACACCAAUGUUCCACGGGUGUUGUAUCUCUGUCUUGGGCGGUACAACGCGGCGUGACCGUGAUUCCCAAGAGCAGUUCGAAGAUGCGUAUUGCAGAGAACAUCAAGCUUGUCAGACUGACCGAACAGGAGAUGGCUCAGAUCAGUAGAGCCUCCGAGACAAUCAUGAAGUACAGAGUUUCGGAUCUGAUCAAGGAGUUGUAUGUAGAGGUAGACGGUAAGGAGACUUUCCAAGGAUGGACAUUAGAAGAGCUCGGGUGGGCAGACAAAGAUGGCAAAUGGUUGACGUAA